GUCCCUUUCUCCGAGUCCGAGCCUUGUAACCGUUGACGAUCUCGACACAAUUCGGACCCUCAUUUGGGUCAAGCAACGAGGCCUCUAGUCAUGAAGCCAUGGCUUGCUAUGCCUAUCAUUAUAAUACAAUAGUAGUAUGAAUCGAGCAAGUCAUGCGGGCCGCCGUCUCGCAGGAAGUGCGUUUUUCUGAAAGAGCUGAUCAUCUUGGGUCACCCGGGAUAUACCCUUCAGAAUUACUCACCUGCGAAAACCUCUCGCCGAGUGAUAUCAAGCGGCAUGCCACUAAGAUUAUCAGGCUUGUAGAGCACUCCCGUACUACGCUAACUCGAUCCGGCUUGGUAUUAAAUUCUCCCGCGAGUUGUCAAACUGGUUUCUCGCCGUUCAAGAAGGCCUAUUUUGACCUUCUGCUUAUGCUAAAACGAAUACGCCACCACAUUGAUGACAAAGAACUGCAACGUCGUAUCGAUCGAUUGUCAUUCGAUAUGCGUCCUCCGUCUCUGGAAUUUCCUAACUCACCAAGUGGCGUCCGACAUACACCAUAUCGCAUUCCCAGUGGCCUGCGUCAGCGUAGCCCACAGUCCGAGGAAGAGGACAGGAAGAUGAUGCCUCCGCCUUCAAUCUUGCCCAACAUGGAUAAGAGACGCCACCUCCGACAUUCCACUUCCUCGCUACGUUGUCAGGCCCGAGAUCCUCUUCGAGGACGUCCUCGGAAACGUCCUAUGCUUGGAUCUGAUGGUGAAAGCUCAGACGAAGAGCCGGACACAUCUGAUGACGAGGAUGACGAACGGAUGAUUGAAAGCGAGGAUGAAGAUGAUGAAGAAGAACAGACACCAGUCAGUUAUCAACCGCCUCGCGCUCGACUCGGUAUUCUGUGUACAAAGCGGCAGCCGGUACAUUGCAUGAGGUCGUAGCCCGGAUUCCCUCAUCCUAUUAGUAUGUUUUGGAACUUUCAACUUUCCCAAUUUGCCUCUUAGGGAGUUUCGCUCUGGGCUACCGGGUUUUUGGUUAGAUCAUAUCAUGUAUCAUAGUUUCGGAUACGGCCGAUGCCUCUGCCCCACGUUCCUUAUGAAUUCAAUGUCCAUUACGACUAGACUAUCAAGUUGCCGCGUACUUCUGGUUGCACAGAACUGC